GGGUUUUUUUUUUUUUUCCCCGUCUCGCUGGGGCCGGUGCGGUCGUCCUUGCCGCCGCCGCCGACGCGCCUUCUCCGACGCGCCCCUGCCGCCCGGGCUCUCGCGCUGCGGAGCUCGCCUCGCCUCCCUUCUCCCCCCUCCCCAGCCCUGCCCUGCCCCACCCCCGCCCUGCCCGGCUCGCUCCCCCAAAUGAGCGGUGGCUCGCCCGCUGGAUCUAACGCAAGGACAUCGCCCACGAGCAGCGGAGGCAAGAGCGCGGCCGCCGCCGCCGCCACCUCCUCGCCUUCUUCAGCCCCGUCUCCGGGAGCCGCGUGCCCGGCGCUCUCGCACCUGCCCCCGGAGGACCCCCUGCGCCAGGCGAACCGGCUUCCCAUCAGGGUGCUGAAGAUGCUGAGCGCCCACAGCGGACACCUUCUGCACCCGGAAUACCUCCAGCCUCUCUCCUCCACGCCCGUCAGCCCCAUCGAGCUGGACGCCAAGAAAAGCCCUCUGGCGCUGCUGGCGCAGACCUGCUCGCAGAUCGGUAAGCCGGACCCCCCGCCCGCCUCCAAACUCAGCGCCGGCACUUCCGCCGGGCUCUCUGGGCCGGACAAGGAGGCCGGCGGCCGCGCUUCCGCCGCCAGCGCCCUCAAGCAGCUGAGCGACCCCCCCGCCGAGGACAAGUCCAGCUUCAAGCCCUAUUCCAAAGGGGGAGGCGGAGAUCCGCGCAAGGACGGCGGCGGCGGCGGAGGGGGAGGAGCAGGCGGCGGCGGCGGCGGCCCGCCGGGCCAGGCCGGCCCGGGCGCGGAGAAGACGGGCUUCCGAGUGCCCAGCGCCGCCUGCCCUCCUUUCCCGCCGCACUCCGCCGCCGCGUCGUCCUCUUCCACCUCGUCUUCUCCGGGCGGCUCCCGGGGCAGCUCGCCGCAGCACGCCGACUGCAAAGGGCCGGACGACAAGAAGGAGCUGGAGAUGGCUGCCAAGGCCAGCCCGGACGGCGCGCAAGGGCCCGGGGCCAGCCGGGCCGGCAGCGGCGCGGGCAGCGUGGAGCCCGGCGCGCACGGCGAGGCCGCUUCCGGGCGUAAGUCGGAGCCUCCGGCCCUGUCGGCCGCGGGCCACGUGGCUCCGGUGUCUCCUUACAAGCCGGGACACUCGGUCUUCCCUCUGCCCCCCUCCGGCAUCGGCUACCACGGCUCCAUCGUCGGGGCCUACGCCGGCUACCCUGCUCAGUUUGUGCCCAGCUUGGAUCCUACCAAGCCCAGCCUGGUCAGCAGCCAGCUGCCUGGGGCCUUGGGGCUCCCGGGCAAGCCCCCCAGCUCGAGCCCGCUGACCGGGGCCUCUCCGCCUUCCUUCAUGCAAGGAUUAUGCCGGGACCCCUAUUGCCUGAGCUACCACAGCACCUCCCACCUGGGCACCAGCAACUGCUCCAGCUGCGUGCACGACCCGGGCAGCCUGAAAAGCGGAUACCCCCUGGUGUACCCCGCGCACCCCCUGCACACCACCCUGUCUGGCGCCACGCCCAGCCUGCCGGGACACCCCCUCUACACCUACGGCUUCAUGCUCCAAAACGACGCCCUGCCCCACAUAUGCAACUGGGUGUCGGCCAGCGGACCCUGCGACAAGAGGUUUGCCACCUCGGAGGAACUCCUGGCCCAUUUACGGACCCACACGACUCUGCCUGGGGCGGAGAAACUCUUGGCUGGCUACCCGACCUCGGGGCUGGGCUCGGCGGCCUCUUGCCACCUCCAUCUCCCACCCACCGGCCCGGGGAGCCCCAGCUCUUUACCGGGGUCCCUCUCGUUGAGGAGCCCGCACACUUUGGGACUAAACCGGUACCAUCCUUACGGCAAGAGCCAUUUGCCCACGGCCGGGGCCUUGCCUGUGCCCUCCUUGCCCGCAGCUGGACCCUACUAUUCUCCAUACGCCCUUUAUGGCCAAAGACUCACCUCAGCCUCUGCACUUGGAUAUCAGUAACUGCAGCCACCCCUUUUGUCUGCCUCCUCGCCCUCUCUUGUGUACUUCCCCCACCCCCACCCCCGGACUAUGUAUUUAUUUACUAUAUGUUAGCUUAAAGCUGGGAAUAUAAGUGCAUUAAUACACCAAUGGUAUGCAAAAAGUCUGUGUCCCAAAAAAACAAAAACAAAAAAAACCCAACCCAAUCUUUUGCUUUUUUUUUUUUUUUUUUUGGUUAAUUUUUGCAAGUUGGGGGGGGCUCUUACUGUGUUUUCUUUUUAAAAAAAAACCCGCCCCACCCAUUAAUUCUUUUUCCCCAGGUCCCCAUGAACUGUUUGCAUGAUUCAAAAUGCAUAAAUCCCGUUUCCCUGCUCCCUGCUUUUGUUUUAUUUUUUAUGUUUUAGUUCAGCUCCUCUUCCUUUUGUACAGCUACCAGAAAUGUAAUUUCUUUUUGUUUCUUUUCUUUUCUCUCUCUCUCUCUCUUUCUCUCUCUCUCUCUUUUCGCCCCUUUAGUAUAUUGUGUUCUGAAACAGGGGUGGUGGGAGGUCAGGUCAGCUGGGAGACGUUCUGUGGCUUAGUCCUAACUGAACAGAAUCCAAAGGCCGUCGUUUUCAGUGGCGUGGCCUGUGGUGCAUGCACUUUGCUGCUGAGGUGUAGCUGGAAACUUGACUAGCUCCUUGACCGGCUUGGUUGUGACUACCACCCCAUGUUUAAGUUAGUGGCCUCUCGCUUCCGAAAAGUCAAACAAGCUGUGCUUUCAGAGUUAGCAGAUUCCCUAUAUAUAGAGAGAGAGACAAGAGCUGGUGUGCUGCUCAUCCUGGUACUUGGAUCUUUGCUGAUGCUACUGAAGCCCAGAAAAGAGGGUCAUGCAGGCAUUCCAUCAGCGGGGCACCUCUGACAUUUUUAUGGUUUCUCUCUUCUUUUUUUCCUUCCUUCUUUCUUAAAAAGACCUGGAUUUUUUAAUUGAGAUUGGCAAGCGUCUUUGAGGGACAAGAGGACAGAAGAACGUGCUCCCCCACCCACCCCCUGCGCCAAACAAAGAACUCGGAAGAACGUUUUGCUCAGCCUAGAACGAGCCGGAUCCUUUAAAUGAGUCCAGCUAGCCCCCGGGGGCCAGUGGCUGUAGGCUCAACUCUACAUACCAAAAAAAUAAAUUUAAAAAAAUCAACCACCCCACCACUCACCCCAUCCUCCCCAACGCCCCCCAUCACCCAACUUCUCUUGACCUCUGGGAAUGGAGUAGUCCCCAGGGUGUAGAGUCCUCCAACUCCAUCCCCGGUCUAACGCAGCGUGGAAGGCUGCGGAUCAUUUGGGGUGAAUAGAGCUUCAUCCUGGUAAGUCUUAUUUUGUUAAUAAAUGAAUACUUGGCUAUA